AUGGGUACCACCGCAAAUGGAGGUGCUUGCGAUACCAGCAGAUUGGAAGAGCCAGGACAGCGUGAGACAGCCAACGAAAAGGUUGCAAGGGCGUAUGCACAAACAUUGAAUGACCAUAACAUGGAUGGAGCCAAGGAGCUCUUUGCUGAUGACUGCAGAUGCAUCUUCACCAAAGCCGAUAAUAUGGAGAUGGAAUUCAAUGAAAUGGCUACGGAAAUUGUCAAGAUCUUUGAUGCCUUUCCAGAUUUCAACUUUCGAUUUGAGUCUUCCAUUGACGAACGCAAGAGCGAUGGAGUGGUUGUUUGGAGUGACUUUGUUCCCAACGGUCAUCAUACUGGCAAACCAUAUGGGUUUGGACCGUGUCCUGCCAUUGAAGCAUCUGGCAAAUAUGUAGAGAACUCACCGGAGACUAUUUACAUCCACGUGAAUGAACAAGGACAGAUCAUCAAAUUAGUUAUUGAGUGUGAAGGGGAAAUGUCAGGCCCACCAGGAAUCUAUACCCAACUUGGUGGCUUUCCUCUCAUGUAA